AUGACCUUGGCUUCAUUUUUGAAAGUUCACCCACCGACUUUCAAAGGUUCAAACAAUCCUACUGAGACGGAUAAUUUGUUCCAAGCUAUGGAGCGUGCGUUGCAAGCUCAGCAUGUCCCGGCUAACCAAUUUGUAGAGUUUGCGACAUAUCAACUUCUAGGAAACGCUCAACAUUGGUCGCAAGGAGAAAACCGCUUACGGCAGCUUCAGAAUACUGACAUUCCUUGUAAUAUUUUCCAAACGGCCUUCUAUAAGAAGUACUUUCCUGAAUCUGCAAGGGAAGCAAAGGAGAUGGAACUUAUGCAGCUGAAGCAAGGUUCCUUGUCUGUGGUGGACUAUACUAGCCGAUUUGAGGAGCUUUGUAGGUUCUCUAGGGUGUGUCAGGGCGCCCCAAAAACCUAUGAAAGCUGGAAGUGCAUCAAGUAUCAAAGGGGCUUGAAGGAUAACAUCAUGACUGUUAUGGCUCCUUUGGAGAUUCGGAUUUUUCCCGAUCUAGUGAAUAAGGUGAGAGUUUUUGAGGAAUAUGCACAGACGGUAGCCUCGUCAAGGGACACUCGUGGAGGAAACACUAAUAGGAAACGUGACGAUUACCUUGGACCAAGGGGACAAAACUUCAAGAGAAAUGGUGAAGGGAAGCGGUCAAGAGCUUACUCCCCUGAUAUGAAAUGUCAAGAGUGUAGGAACUACCAUCCGAAUAAGCCAUGCCGGUUGGGUAUGAAACUAUGUUACAAGUGUGGCGCACCGGGACAUUUGGUUAGAGAUUGGCCACACCGAGGAACACAUGAGUUAGGUCGAUCAUAA